ACUGUCCCUUAAAAGUUUCUUUGUUGAAAUAUAUAUAUAUAUAUAAGGCACCCAAUUGAUCAUUGCACAUGCACAAAAAAUGGUUAUUCCAAUUGGUAUAAGAAAAAAUUGGUUCAAAUAUUUUCAGUAUGAAGAAGGAAAAGACACACCAAGUGACAUUAGAAACAUUCUUCUAAUAAUCUUCACACUGGUGGCAGCAGUUACAUUCCAAGCUGGGAUUAAUCCUCCAGGUGGUGUUUGGCAAGAUGGUGAGAAAGCAGGAAGAGCAAUCUAUGCUUCUCAGAAGAAAGCUUAUUAUGUUUUUCUCAUCUUCAACACUCUUGCUUUCUCAAAUUCAAUCUUGGUAAUUCUGUCACUUACACAUAAGUUCCCUUUCAAUUUUGAGAUUUGGGUUGCAACUAUUUCUAUGGCUGUCACUUAUGGUUCCUCUGUUUUUGCUGUCACACCUGGGAAUUCUGUUAGAUUUCGUUAUGUUCUAAUUACUGCUGCUGGUCCAUUUGUUUUGAGAAUUUCGGCUUCUAUUUUUGGCUUAUUGUUAAGGAAAUAUGUUCCUCAUCACAAUGAAUUAAGCUUAGGUCAUGGUUGAUCUUUGUUAUGUUAGAUUUUAUGGGAUGUUAGAUUAAUUUUAGAUUAUAGAAUUUGUGGCAUGUUGGUUAGUUCUAGAAAGAAAACCAAACCAUGAAAGUCAUGUGUGGUUGGCGAUUCUUGUUAGAAGAAUUAGUUCAUACAAUUGCUUCAAUGAAGAUUUUGUAGUUGACUUGAAGUGCUGGUGACAUGGUCUUUGUUACUGGCCUAAAUCAAUUUAAAGUUAUCAUAUUUUAUAUUCA